AUGGGUGUAGAGUUUGAGCAACAGCCUUCUGUAGAAUUAUCGAAGGUCGCAGUCUCGGAUACUCACGGAGAAGAUUCACCAUACUUUGCAGGAUGGAAAGCAUAUGAUGAAGAUCCAUACGAUGAAUCCCGUAAUCCAUCCGGAGUCAUACAGAUGGGAUUGGCAGAAAAUCAAGUUUCAUUUGAUUUGCUGGAAGAAUACUUGGAAAAGCAUUCUGAAGCAGCUAGUUUUGGAAAUAAAAUUUCUAGCUUCAGAGAAAAUGCACUAUUUCAGGAUUAUCAUGGUCUACAAUCCUUUAGAAAGGCAAUGGCAAGCUUCAUGGAACAAAUAAGAGGAGGAAGAGCAAAAUUCGAUCCUGACAGAGUUGUCAUCACAGCAGGUGCUACAGCAGCUAAUGAACUUGUGACUUUUAUCUUGGCCAACCCGGGGGAUGCUUUAUUAGUUCCAACUCCCUACUAUCCAGGAUUUGACAGAGACUUGAGAUGGAGAACUGGAGUCAAUAUUGUACCAGUGCACUGUGACAGCUCGAACAAUUUUCAGAUUACUAUUCAAGCCUUAGAAGCAGCAUAUGCUGAUGCAGUAUCCAAGAACAUCAAAGUUAGAGGGGUGCUAAUCACAAAUCCUUCAAAUCCAUUAGGUGCAACAAUUCAACGAUCUGUCCUCGAAGACAUUCUUGAUUUCGUGAUAAGCAAAAAUAUCCAUCUCGUCUCAGACGAAAUCUAUUCAGGAUCUGCAUUCUUUUCUGGUGAAUUUGUUAGCAUUGCCGAAGUUCUUGAAGCAAGAAACUACGAAGACUCCGAAAGAGUCCAUAUUGUUUAUAGUCUAUCCAAGGACUUGGGGCUUCCAGGUUUUAGAGUUGGGACAAUUUAUUCCUACAAUGACAAAGUUGUUACGACAGCAAGAAGAAUGUCAAGCUUCACCUUGAUUUCUUCGAGACACCAGUCACUAUUGGCUUCUAUGCUGUCCGACAGAGGACUUCACCGAAAAAUACAUAACGGAUUAGAUCGCGAAAGGUUUAAAAUAUAG